AUGACGCAGACCGAGGGGCAGAAAAAUGAAUUAAUGUGUCCGCUGGUGACCACACCAGGCGGCCAGCACUACGAGCCUAUGGUGCUCCGUGAUGUGACUGCGAUGAUGGAAAAAAUGCCCCCACUUCACAGAGGAGGUAAAGUGUGGCUGAACAAAUUUUUGGCUCUGAUGAGUGGGCAGAGCUGUACACUCGGUGACAUGCGUCAGACAUUGGCAGGAGCAUGCUCUCUAGUACAAUUGCAGGCGAUUGAGGAAGCAGCAGGCACAGCGAGACUGGGGAGGGAGGUGCCCUUGCCACAAGUAGCAGCGCCCCUGUUUGAAAACAUUAAAUUGACUUUCCCACAACCCACCGAUCUGGCCCCCACUAUGUUUCCUUAUGAUGUGAAAAUGUCACCAGCACAGCAUUAUGUAACAUGUGUGGAAAGUUGGAUUGAAACUACAGGUCGUCAUCCGGCUCUCUCGCCCGAGGCAGAGGUGCUCUUCCGGACGGCGCUAGUGGAUGGACUUCCGCCAGACGUGAAGCAGCAGCUGAUGUCAGACCCUGACAUUCUGGUUUGUGCCGAAGCACGAUUUAAACGUCAUCUUUUGUAUCACUGCAGAACGUUCACUGAGUCACAAGCUAAAGUUGAGAACGAGACAGACGCAUUAUCAAAACAGUUGCUGAAAUUACAAUUGGCAAAGAUGCAUGGUGAAGCUAAACAGUCAAAAUCACAGAAAAAGGAUUUGUUUGAAGAAAUUGAAGGGCACAUGUGGGAUUUAACUUCAUCAUGCAUUUUGAUUGGUAAAGAGGGAGUUGCAGCAGCUACUGAAUUAACACCUGAACAAAUGCAGUGGUUCAAAAUGACAGAAAAAGGGGUACCACACAUUUCGCUAGCUCUUGCCCCAGGUCAUGAAGCCAGACAAUUGGGCUCAAUGGUCAAACAUUUGUUGCUGCAAACCGACUGGCGGAAAACACACAUCCCUAAUUUGUAUUGGUCAGAGUCUCAGAAAGCUUACCAAAUUAAACAACCCAUGGUAGACUCAGGGCUGCUGGAGAUGAUGUUGGUAUCUCGCACACAUGGCAGGGAAUUAACUGAUCAUGAGGACGCUGAAGUAAUGCUCGCGGCCUUGCCCGACACCUUGUGGUCCCAAGGUCCAUUUGAUGUCGGGUUUUGUCACUCGAUGGCCCCUAUUGAUCUCCAAAUGGAUGAGACGCAGCCUAUCAAACGACCCCAAUAUCGUUGGCCGAGUGAGGCGGACCAAGGCAUGGAAGACACUCUGUGCGGCCUCUGGGACGCAGGGGUGUUGGAAGUGUCAUGCUCCGAAUGGAACACCCCGUUAAGGCCAGUCCAAAAAGCAGAUGGGAAAACAUGGCGCAUGGCACAUGAUUUGAGAGCAGUAAAUGAUGUCACUAUAACUCCUGUUCUUCCCGUGCCAGACCCGCACCGAAUCCUUGCAUCAUUGAACCCUGCCUAUCAGUGGUUCACCGUAAUUGAUUUGGCUAAUGCCUUCUUCUGCCUCCCGCUUUCCCCCUCAGUGCGGCACGUGUUCGCCUUCACUUACAAAGGGAUGAAAUUGCAAUACACACGCAUGCCGCAGGGAUUCAAAAAUUCGCCAGGAUUGUUCAAUCAGGUCCUCAAAGAACUCCUCGAACCAUGCCAAAUGCCGGAUGGCACAUUGUUGUUGCAAUAUGUCGAUGAUUUGUUGAUUGCAGCAAAAGACGAGCAGACGUGUCUUGAAGGAACAAAGAAAGUGUUGUUGUGGUUAGGGGAGAAAGGGUUCAAGGUGUCAAGAAAGAAACUGCAAUGCUGUCGCCAACAGGUCACUUUUCUGGGACGUGUGUUGACCCCUAGUGGCCUCGCCAUGUCGCCUGAACAUAGAAGCUCCAUCCUCCGACACCCACGGCCCGCCACCGUCCAGGAGAUGCUAUCAUUCCUGGGGUUGUGCGGCUACAGCAGACAUUACAUACCCUGUUUUGCUGACAAAACUGGUGUCCUACGGGCCCUGAUCCGCGAACAGGGGGCGAGGAAUCUCAGGGCUUGCCUGGUUUGGACACCGGAGGCUGCUGAGGUCUUUGUGUCACUGGUGCAGGAGCUGGCCUCUGCUGCGGCUUUGGCCACUCCUGACUACACUCUGCCCUUCCAUCUAGAUGUCUCUAUUUCAGGGAAAGUUGUGAAUGGAGCUCUGUACCAGAAAAUGCAGCAUGGACGUGCAGUGUUGAUGUAUUGCAGCGUCCCCUUGGACAACAUUGAGCAACGACAACCCGAUUGUUCCAGAUAUGCGGCUGGCCUGGCAAAGGUCUUACUCAAAACAGCCCACACGGUCAUGGGGCAUCCAGUUUAUGUGUUAACUGAUCAUGCAGUGUCUUCAUUUGUCGCAUCGGCGGCGUUCACGUUGACUCCACUGCGACAAACACGGUUGUUGAAAAUAUUGACUGCCCCAAAUGUCAACUAUGUCCAUUCCGGAGUGAACAUGGCCGAUCAAUUGUUGGUGGGACCCCAUGAGUGUGCAUCAAAGGUCCAGACGGUGGCGAAAGUCCGACCUGACCUCUAUUCGACUCCGCUCGGGCACGGUCGUGUGGUGUUCACAGAUGGCUGCUGCUGGAGAGACAGGAUGGGCUCCCUCCAUGCGGCCGCGGCUGCGGUCGAGUGGAGGGAUGGUUCCUUCCAGCCUCUUAAAGUGAUGAAGCUCAACACCCACCCAUCGGCCCAGGCGGCAGAAGUCUUUGCUCUGGUGUUAGCUUUACGACAAUGCAAGGGGGAAGCCGUGACCAUCUAUUCUGACUCCGCUUAUGCGGUGUCGGCGGCUUUACUCGAUCUGGUGGGGUGGCUGCAGAAUGGGUUCACGACGGCCAGGGGCUCGGAGAUUGCGCACAAGGAUUUGAUGUUGCAUUUGUUUGAGGCAUUGAAGUACCCGAGCGAGGUGGCCAUUGUCAAAGUGCCUGGUCACUCCAAAGCUGACACCUUAGUAGCUAGGGGGAAUCGAGCGGCUGAUGAAUUGGCCAAGCAGACGGCCGGACCUCUGGUUGUGGUGUGGUGA